GCGAAAACUCGGCACGAGAAACAAUAACACGGAAACGGAGAAGUUGCGCGCGUGGAGCGCGAACCGAACCCGGGUCUUUGGAGUCGAACCCGGAGUUUGAUUAUUGAUUAUUAUUUUUUUCCCUCUUUUGGGAGUUUUAACGGCGGCGGGGGACAAAAAUAUCCAGAAAUCCGGAAACAGUAAGCGCGUGCUUUCAUCAGGAGCCGCAAGUUUCCGUCCGGAUCCGCCGGACCGCGCGCGAGGGACCGCCGAGCUGUUUGAUGUGGAAGCUUUAUUUCCGGUGUCUCAAGCCUGUUCACAUACACUAAGGACUAAACGAGACAGAUGGAUUUCUCCAUAGAAUAACAGUGUUGACCAGUCCAGCGACAAAAACAAACCCAAACAGCCACCAAGUGACCAUUUGGUCACGUGACCAACCAGAGCAUGUCGAGUGGACACAGCUACGAGGAUGGAGAAGAGAACGGUUCUCCUGAGCCGAACUGUGCGGCGCGAGGUGUUCCGGUGGAGCAGGCCGACAGGAAGGCAGCUGUUGAGCUUCGGAAUGGUUUUGGCACAGAACAUUCUGGAUCCAGAUUGGGUUCAGGAGAGGAUGAGGAAGCGGACAAGCGGCGAGGGAGAAGACCGUGCGUGGCUGAGAAGAGCGGCGGAGAACCUUCCAGCGGAGAGCAAGGUCAGGAGGAUGUGGAGAUGAACGACGGUCACGAAAGCGUCGGGGGAACACGGCGGCAUACGUCUUUGGCUGAUGGGAGUCCUGGGAGCACCACAGGAUCAGACAGCACCAAAAGCUCGAUGUCUGUGACCAGCUUGUCGUCCUACAGCCUCCACAGCACGGGCUGCAGUCAGACCAGACACCACACGCACUACAGCGAGCAAGCGGAGCAGGGCCGAGACCACGCCCACCGGGAGAUGAUGCAUACGGUGCAUGAGAUGAAGAAGAGGUUGCCGUCGGAGAAGAGGAGCCGCAGCAAACCCGGCACUGUGGAGGCUCUGAACUACGCCUUAAACUGUGUCAAACAAGUGCAAGCAAACAAUGAGUACUACAAGUUACUGAUGUGUAACGGACUGGAGGAGAGAAAAGACGCUGCGGUGUGCAGCUUGGAGCAGCUGGAGAGCAUGACCUCCGAACACACGCUCAAAAAUACAGACAUGUUCGUAGUGGUGUUCUCGCUGGCUUCGGGCCGAGUGGUGUACGCGUCCGAGCAGGCCUCCAGCAUCCUCAACUGCAAGCGCAAGUUCCUCGACUCGGCCAAGUUUGUAGAGAUGCUGUUUCACCAAGACGUCAACGUGUUUUACUCUCACACCGCGCAGCCGCACCUUCCGCCCUGGAACCUGGGGACAGAUAAUGGUCUGUUUCAGUGUACCCAAGUCAAGUCGUUCUUCUGCAGAAUCAGAGGAGGGAAGGACCGAGAUGGUGAGAUGCGCUACAACCCGUUCCGUAUCACGCCGUACCUGCUGAAAGUGCAGGGAGUGGGCGGAGAAGAGGAACAUCCAUGCUGCUUAGCUCUGGCUGAACGUAUCAUCUCAGGAUACGAGGCUCCCCGAAUUCCCACAGACAAGCGAAUCUUCACUACAACACACUCUCCAGGGUGUGUGUUCUUAGAAGUAGAUGACCGUGCUGCACCUUUGCUUGGAUAUCUCCCUCAGGACCUGAUAGGCACGUCGGUGUUGACCUGCCUCCACCCUGAGGACCGCACCCUCAUGCUCGCCAUGCAUCAAAAAAUUCUGAAAUAUGCAGGACAGCCGCCGUUUGAACAUUCCCCGAUCCGCGUCCGCUGUCAAAACGGAGACUAUGUCACACUGGACACCAGCUGGUCCAGCUUUGUUAACCCCUGGAGCCGUAAGGUGGCCUUCAUUAUCGGCAGGCACAAAGUCCGCACAGGACCUCUGAAUGAGGAUGUUUUUGCUGCAUGGAACAAAGCAGAGGUUCCUGUCAUGCAUGAAGAUGUCAAAGAACUGCAAGCCAUGAUCUACAAGCUCUUCCUACAACCGGUCCACACUAAUGGCUCAAGUGGUUACGGCAGCUUGGGCAGUAACGGUUCCCACGAGCACUACAUCAGUGUGGCUUCAUCUAGUGACAGCAAUGGAAACCUGUGGGAAGAUUCGCACCGAGAGCCGGUGACCCUUCAGCAGAUAUGUGCUAAUGUUAAUAAAGUGAAGCGCGGAGGUCAGCAGGCAUAUCUGGACUCCCGGAGAAAAGACACAGCGGUGGGGAAAGAUAGCACAGAACCUCCAGCUCCCAUCCUUCACGGUGCUCAGCGUUUAGAGGUUCAGCGUCUCCGAAGUUCCCUCGAGGACUCGCGCAGGAAGCAGCCACACAUUCCGUCUUACCAGCAGAUUAACUGUGUGGACAGCAUCAUUCGAUACUUGGAAAGCUGUAGUGGUCCUGCCUUGAAGCGGAAAAGUGAAUCCUUAUCCAUCACUACCUCCUCCUCUUCUACCACAUCCGAGGAAGACAAGACCCCUGCAGCUCCACUGGAGGACAGAAGUAAUGCUGAUGAGGUAACCAUGGAAGCAAGUGCUGGUCUGGAGAGCCAGGUUUCAGCCGGAUCCACGGUGACCGUAGCGCACACGACGGCAGCCGUGGUUGGGGCUCCUCUAACUGACCUCACUCUGUCCACUAAAGCUAUGAGCGAGGUGUCUGUGACCAGCCAGUGCAGCUACAGCAGCACCAUCGUGCACGUUCCCCAGCCUGAAUCUGAAGUAACUGCUCUAGAGGAUGCGCUAAUGGGAAGCGAACCGGCCGAUCCAGCUCCUGUGCCAUUGCGGCCAGUCCCCAGCUCCUCCACCACGGCUCCGGAGGAGGUCCAAGUGGUGGGGCUGACCAAGGAGGUGCUGUCCGCACACACACAGAAAGAGGAGCAGGAGUAUGUGGACCGCUUCAGACAUCGCAUCCUGGAGAGCCCGUAUAGCUCCUACCUCCAACAGGACAACAGCAGCAUGGCACACUCCAACCACAGAGGUAAUUAUGCCACAAGGCCCCUGAGCACAGGAGAUUGGAACAGAUCCCACUCAGGCAAACCCAGACACAAGCGUGCAAAGCCUCAGGUCUCGUCUGACAGUGACGGCUCACGGCCUGGACACUUCGUCCCACUAAACUCCUCUGCUCCCAAUAACUCCUCAUCCGAAUCUUCCCAACACAAACCCAAUUUCUUCUCUCCCUUGCUGUUGCCUGUUCAGCCCCCUUACUACCCCAUCCCACCUCAAUUCAGUGCCAUGCAGCCACAUGCCGUUCCUACGGUGGCGCAACCCGAACAGACGCAGCCGAUCAUGCAGGUCACGAAUCCUUUCAUGUCUCCUGUCAUGACCAUCAUCAUGCCCUACCCUGUCAACUACACCAUCUAUCCCCAGGCAGUGCCAGGUGUACCAGGCAUACCUACACCUGGAUUAGUGCCUCCACCUCCUCCAUUUCCCCAUCCUUCCUACAUUUCCCCGAUGGACAAUCCACCUGUUCAGGCUGGUCCCAGCUCAAUGCCCUCAACCACUGGAGCAUUGCCAUCUUCACUAAUCUCAUCUCCAUGGCCGGAAGAGGAUGUGGAUGGCGCUCAGCCCACAGUACUGUUUUCCAGUUCCAGGUCCAGCAGUCCACUACAGCUCAACCUGCUGCAGGAGGAGCUGCCCAAACCGAACACCCCGCAGGGAAACACAGGCCGAGCUGAAAGCCUGCACGAGCAGCAUGACAAGGAGGAUGCUCCCAGCGAUUUGGGUAAUCAGGAUGCUCAGUCCACCUCCAGCGUCCUGCUGGAUCUGCUGCUGCAAGAGGAUGCUCGCUCCGGAACUGGGUCCAAUGCCUCGGGAAGUGGAUCUGGAGAAUCUGGGGGUUCUCUGGGUUCGGGUUCAGGCCUGGGAUCCAAUGGUACCUCCACCAGCCGCACAGGCAGCAGCAACAGCAGCAAGUACUUCGCCAGCAAUGACUCGUCAGACACGUCCUGUAAGGCCAGGAAGAGCCAGGAUGCACCAGAGCGCUCCAGCUUCAACAAGUGUGUGGAGGACUCGCUGUGGACCAUGAUCCAGCACACACCAGAGCCGGUCAUGAUGACCUAUCAGAUCCAUCCCAGGGACCAGGCACAGGUUCUGAAGGAGGACCGAGAGAAGCUGCUCCUCCUGCAGCCCAUGCAGCCGUGGUUCACUCAGGAGCAGAAGGAGGAGCUGGCCGAGGUACAUUCCUGGAUCCAGCAUCACAGUGUACCCAAGGAGAUAAACACACAAGGAUGCAUGAGCUGUAACCCCACUGCUCUGGAAGGAAGUGACACGGUGGCCCACUCUCCCAGCCUGCCCAUUCCAGACAGCUCAACCUCUCAGGAUUGCCCUCAGGAGGACGUCAGCCCCGCCUCUGACACCUGAAGCCGCUUUUCCGAGCACUUCAGGUUAAAAGUCCCGUCCCCUUUUCACUGAGCCAGACCAUCAUUACGCAUCACCCAAUCAUGUCUGCACACUCGGUAAGGAGGGUGGAGUUGGUCACGGUGUCAUAAUUGGACGUGACGUGACGUGACGAGACGAUAUGUCGGACCUACUCGAACCAUCAGGAGAGACUGACCUUCAUUUGUUGGAACCAUAUAACUGUGAAUCUUUGACGCUUUGUUAGCAAAACUGUAAUUUAUAUCAGUAUUAAUUUUUUCUAUUCUUAUUUUUGUAAAGUUACAGUUCUAGUUUGGGUUUCACUGUGUUUUAUACGAAGACGCGCGCGAGCCUGACGUGCGUCGGUCGGCGUUGACCAGUAUGUCUUUCAUGACGAUUUUGCUCGUCGUCAUGGCCGUUCUCAUUGAAUUGAACAAAAUGAGUACCUUGUCUCCCAAAGUCCAGUUGUACUGUAUAUCGAUGCUUUAAGCCCUGAUUAAAUUUCUAUAAAUUUGUCUGGUGUCUUGAUUCCAAACUACGGUAUGUGCACGACGUCCUGAGCGUUUUGCCCUUAAAAUGCGCCAGUCAUGCACUUGUAUACGCUUUCUUGCUGCUGUGGUAGUUGGGAGAAUUUGUCUUGGCUCGGAUCCUUUUGCACAGCCGCGGCUUUUUGGUUCUGCGUUUAGUCAUUAUUAACCCAAAUCCAAAUGCCUUUUGUUCUAUCACAUUACAGGAAACACAUUACUGGUUAUAGGAAAAAGUUCAAAUUAAGGAAUGAGCAAUUCUUUCUUCCUGAAGGUGCAUUUGCUCACAUUGAGAAUCAGUACUGUUUUGUUUUUUUUUAAUUUAUGAAUAUAGUGAUUUUAUUUGUAUUUUUUUAGAUGAUAUACAAUUAACAGUUAUUCCACUAAAUCGAGUCGUACAUGAGCUGAUAGUUGACAAGGCGCGUAGCACCAAGUUGUCUAUAAGCCAUGUACGACAAGAUUGAGUGGAAUAACUGUUUUAUUCUGUCCACAUUCACUGGAUUUUGAGAAACGGAGCAUUUUUAUUUUUUACAAAUCCAAUAAAUAAAAACUUUAUACAAAAUGUCUGACAAAAUCAUUUCCACUUAGAAUAUAAACAAACCGGUGAAAUAACAGGAGCAGGUUGGGGAAAAUGUGAUGAUAAUUAUUAUUACUGAAAAAAAAAAGUGCUUACCAUGAAAUACUUUAAUUCGUCCUCUGUUGGUUCAGCAACACGCUCCACCAUUUUGUUUUUCUCUACUCACGGUAUAUGAGCUGAUAUCCUAGUAGUAGAGUAGCCAAUCAGUGUGCAAUUGCUCAUAUCCAUCGAAUGUGGAUAGAAUAAAUAUAUAAUACAUUAAUCUUUUUUUAUAGUUUAGAUAUGUAUAUUGCACUUGCUUUAUAAUUUAAUCCCAAGCUUAGGUUUUUUUUUUUUUUAAUUUAAUUUUUUUUAAAUUCCCAAAAGAGCUGGUAGGGAGAGUGCUCAAAGUGAUGCUUAUUCUCUUAACAUUUCAAAAUCAUAUAGUUUCUCCUUGUUGGGGGGGGGGGGAAGGUUCUAGAAGAAUGAUUUAUAUAACUGGGGAGAUUUUACCAUCAAUUUUUCCACCACCAGGUUUUUUUUUUUUCUGAACUCGUGGCUUUCGUUAAGUAAUUUAAGUAUUUCCCACAUUAGUGAGAAAAUUAUUGAGAUGUCAUGUACAGAUGACGUGUGACCCAAGUGGGAUUUAAAUUCAGCACUUUAAUUGCUUUAAUUGCUCAAUUUAAUUUAAAUUAAUUGCAGCCAAUCCAUAAAAAUCCAUCAGCGUGGUUAAGGACGUGUGAGAAGUUGUCAUGAUUUGUUGCUCGUGGUGUUGAAGGUGUGAAAUCAGGAUGGGAAGGGCGGGUCAGCUCAGCGCUUUGAAGGAUGUACACUGUUAAGCACAAAAUGGUGGUGGUGUUUUUUUUUUUUUUUUUUUUUUUUUUUUACAUUCUUGUGGACAGAAAAACAGGGUAUUUUGUACAGGUUUUGCCACACUGUAUGGAUGUACAUAACAUGCUAUGUAUUUUUGCAAGAAGGAAAGAAAAAAGAAAAGUUUUGUCUUGAAUUCAGGGAAGAGUUUUGUGACCUCUGAAUUUGAAAUGAAUUAUAAAUUAAAAUCUACAGUUACUUCAAACA